CCCCUCCAGCCAUUCCCCACACUACCCAGAGGGAUAACAGUCAAGUUUGGUCACGAGGCAACUUAAAUCCAUUUGGUGACUGUUACUCAUGGGACCAGAGUCCUUUACGGGGUAUGGCUUGGCCCUGACCUACCUCUUCUGCCUCAGUUUGUCGCGGUUUCCCCUUUCCUCUCUGAAUGCUCGCCAUUAGUUUGCACUCCUUCUAUCCCUUCCUCCCCUGCUGCCUCUCUCCCCUCUGCCGAAGGCUGUCCUGUCUGUUCAGAUCUCAGAGCCGACUCCAUUUCCCGCAAGAGAUCCUGUUUGACGCUCCCCCAACCCAUCCAGUGUUCUCAGAUCACCCUAAACUUGGUAGCACUUAAUCUCUCUCUAGUCAUCUGAUUACUUCCUUAAUGUCUAUCUGGGAGCUGCAGGGUAAAGGGAUGUUUUCAUCCAUGUGUCCUCAGGGGCUGACACAGCACCAGCCCCCAGCUCAGUAAAUGUUUGUUGCUGUCAUAAUUAGAUUGAAAAUAGGUGUAACUAAUUCAUGGUCCUGCUUGUGUCAGUCUGCUUUUGUUCUGUGUAGAGCAACCCUCUGUUGACUCUGGAGAGCUGGGACCUGAGGGGUGGUUGUCUCUGGGAAUGAUGGUUAAAGGCACUUGUAACCAGCCUCACCCUGAGUUGGACUAGGUGCCCAGGGGCCAUCCUGCCGCCACUUAUAUUGUUCCAUAAGUAAGAUGACCUUGAAAAAUGGCCUGGACCAGUGAGUCUCAGAGAGGUACUGACAGAAGUACCCCUGAUAAAGGUCUCAUGGAAGGUUCAAAACUUCUUAAACUUAGCUGGUUUUGCAAACUAGAAAUCAAAUUCCAAGAAGAAACAGGCCCCUGAGGACAGGAAGGACAGAAGAAAUGUGCUCAAAUCCAGGUGUAAAAAAUAUUUACCUCAGCACCUGUUUUAUGCAUGAUAUCUGGCUUUCAACCCAAAAAGUCAUUAGACACAAAAGCAAGAAAUAACUCCACCGACAAGGGGCAAUGAAAUCAAAAGAAUCAGAUAAGGCACAGGUUGAAACUAUCAGACAGGGACUUCACAAUAACCAUGACAGAGUGGGGUUAGACUUCAGAGACGGGAAGACUCAAAGUCCAGUGGAGAUUCAGGCGUAAGCAACAGCGACAGUGAGGAAUUCCUUGGAUAGGCUCACCAGUAGACUCCGCACAGCUGGUGAAGCAAUCAGUGACCCUGAAGAUGGGUCAAUAGAAAUUACCCAGACUGAAGGGCAAAAACAAGACGGAUGUGGGAGAGGCUGGGACAGUAUCAAACAGCCCAGAGCGGGAGCCAGGGUCCCGGGAGAGAAGAGGGCAGCACGUGGUCCUGCAGGUGGGGCCGGCGGCCGGGCCCGUGCUUGGGAACAGCCCCGCUUCCCCGCCUGCCACAGAUUGCCAUUUUGCCUCCAGGAUCCAGCCUCGCUGAUCACAUGAAAGGAUUAAGAUCCCCUGCCUUGAAAAGAAGGCUGGAGUGCAGCCUGAAGGUUUACCUAUAUUGUUCGCCUGUUACUAAAGAGUUGUUGUUAACUAGCCCGAAGUACAGAUUUUGGGAGAAACGAAUUAUAUCAAUUGAAGUUGAAACUCCUACCCAGAUAUCUUUAGUUGAUGAAGCAUCAGGCAAGAAGGAAGAGAUUGUUGUGACUCUCUUGCCAGCUGGUCAUUGCCCAGGAUCGGUUAUGUUUCUUUUUCAGGGCAGUCAUGGAACUGUCCUGUACACGGGAGACUUCAGGUUGGCAAAAGGAGAAGCUGCCAGAAUGGAGCUCCUGCACUCCGGGGGCAGAGUGAAAGACAUCCAGAGUAUAUACUUAGAUACUACUUUCUGUGAUCCAAAAUUUUAUCAAAUUCCUAGUCGAGGGGAGUGUCUGAGUGGAAUAUUAGAGCUGGUGCGGAGCUGGAUCACUCGGAGCCCGUACCAUGUUGUGUGGCUGAACUGCAAAGCUGCGUAUGGAUAUGAGUAUCUGUUCACCAACCUCAGUGAAGAAUUCGGAGUCCAGGUUCAUGUGGAUAAACUAGACAUGUUUAGAAACAUGCCUGACAUUCUUCAGCAUCUCACAACAGACCGUAGCACUCAGAUCCAUGCAUGUCGGCACCCAAAGGCAGAGGAGUAUUUUCAGUGGAAUAAAUUACCCUGUGGGAUUACUUCCAAAAACAGAAUUCCACUCUACACAAUCAGCAUUAAGCCAUCUACUAUGUGGUUUGGAGAAAGAACCAGAAAAACAAAUGUAAUUGUGAGGACUGGAGAGAGUUCAUACAGAGCGUGCUUUUCUUUUCACUCCUCCUACAGUGAGAUUAAAGAUUUUUUGAGCUACAUCUGCCCUGUGAAUGCAUAUCCAAAUGUCAUUCCAUUAGGCACAACUAUGGAUAAAGUUAUAGAAAUCCUAAAGCCUUUAUGCCGAUCUUCCCAAAGGACGGAGCCAAAGUAUAAGCCACUUGGCAAACUGAAGAGAGUUAGAACAACCCACAUAGACUCAGAGGAGGAGGAUGAUGAUCUCUUUGAUGAUCUGCCAGUACCUUUAAGGCACAAGGUUCCAAACCAGCGAACUCUUCACCCUGAGGUAUUUCCAACGAGUACAGUAUCACCAAACAAGCCUGAAAAACUGAGACAAGGCACGGGAUGCUUCAAAGCAGAGAGUAUGCAAACCUCACUUUGGGCCAACUUUAUAGACUGUGAAGAAUCCAACAGUGAAAGUGAAGAAGAAUUACAAAUCCCAUCUUCAUCUAAAGGAGGCCUGGUUCCUGCUCCACUUCAGCAAAAGGCUGAUGUGGAAGUACCACAGUGGGAAGUGUUCUUUAAAAGAAACAAUGAUAUCACAGAUGACAAUUCAGAAAACUUCCCUUCUUCCAUAGAGGCAGGAGGCUCUCAAUCACCAAAGGUUUUCAAUGAUUCUGAUGGGGAAUCAACUCACAUCUCUUCCCAGAACUCUUCUCAGUCAACACACAUAUCAGAACAAGGAAGUCAAGGCUGGGACAGCCAAUCUGACACUGUUUUGUUAUCUUCCCAGGAGAGAAACAGUGGGGAUAUUACCUCCUUGAACAAAAAUGGCUAUAGACCAAGAAUUAAAGAGAAUAUUUCUGCCUCUCAGAUGGAACAAAGUUUACUCUGUCCAAAGGCUCUUUACUCUGAUUUGAAAAGCGGAGAUGAAGAUGUAAAUACAGUUGGAGAACCAACUAUAAGCAGUGAGAAACACAUACUUCAGGAAAAAAGGUUGCCGAAUCUUAGUACCAAUGCAGAUUCACAGAGUUCCUCUGAUUUUGAAAUUCCCUCUACUCCAGAAGCUGACCUACCUAAACGAGAGCAUUUACAAUACUUAUACAAGAAACUGGCAACAGGUGAGAGUAUAGCAGUUGAUAAAAGAAAAAGCUCACUCUUAGAUACUUAAGAAUUAAAAUCACUUUAUUUUAGAGCAACCACUAAAAAACAAGAGAUGGCAGAACUAAAUCCAAACAUACCAAUCAUUACAUUAAAUGAAAAUGGUCUAAACACACCAAUGAAAAGACAGGGGAAAAAAACCAAACCCAACUAUGUACUGCAUAAGAAACUCACUUCAAAUGACAUAGGUUAGGUUAAAAGUAAAAGGACUGAGAAAGGCUAGAGUGGCUCCAGUUCACUGAGGACAUCAUCCUAAAUGUGUGUGUUCCUAAUGCCAAAGCACAACCAAUGAAAGGAGGACUCACUACUGUGAGAAGUAUGCUAGGGCCUUGACCCUCCCUCUCUCUGUAACAGAAUUCCUCUACAGAAAAUCAGCAAGGACAGCGAAGAACUGAACAGAGCCACCAACCAGCUGGAUCUAAUGGACACUUAGAGAACACGCCACCCAACAACAGCAGAGUACAUGCUUUUCAAGUGCCUGUGACAUUGCCCAAGACAGACCACAUACUGGGGCAUAAAUACACUUCAAAUUGAAAGACCAUAACUUGGUCCUAAUACAAUAAACUGAUGGCUUCAGGAAAAAAAACAGCCCUUAUUUAUCUCAAAAGAUGUUAUAUCACUUAAGAAUGCUGUUGUAAAUAACAGUGGUAAAAUUAAAACUGGAAAAAUUAGGACCUAAAAAUAAUUAAACAGGAAAAGUGUGA